AUGUACAGAUUCUCUUCCGGCCUGUGAACCUAGGCUGCGAGCGUGGAUUCUCAUCUGUGCUCUUAAAAUAAUAAAAUAAUGAGCGUACCGGCGUUUAUUGACAUAACGGAGGAGGACCAGGCGUCAGAGCUCCGGUCCUAUCUGAAAUCUAAAGGAGCUGAGAUCUCUGAGGAGAACUCAGAAGGAGGCCUCCAUGUUGAUCUGGCACAGAUCAUUGAAGCCUGUGACGUCUGCCUCAAAGACGAUGAUAAAGAUGUUGAGAGUGUGAUGAACAGCAUUGUGUCCCUGUUGCUGAUUCUGGAGACGGAGAAACAGGAAGCCCUCAUUGAAAGUUUAUGUGAGAAGCUGGUGAAGUUUCGUGAGGGUGAACGGCCCUCGCUCAGGAUGCAGCUCUUGAGCAAUCUGUUCCACGGUAUGGAUGAGAACACCCCCGUGAGGCACACUGUGUACUGCAGUCUGAUUAAAGUGGCAGCCACCUGCAAUGCCAUUGCGUUCAUUCCUACAGAGUUGGACCAGGUGCGGAAGUGGAUCACAGACUGGAAUCUGAACACAGAGAAGAAACACACUCUGCUCCGUCUGGUGUAUGAAGCACUGGUUGACUGCAAGAAGAGCGAUGCUGCCGCCAAAGUAAUGGUGGAGUUGUUGGGCAGUUAUACAGAGGACAACGCUUCACAAGCCCGAGUGGAUGCACACAGGUGCAUCGUCCGUGCCCUGAAAGACCCAAACACCUAUCUGUUCGACCAUCUCCUGAUUUUGAAACCGGUGCGUUUCCUGGAGGGAGAACUCAUCCAUGAUCUCCUCACUAUCUUUGUCAGCGCGAAGCUUGCCGCGUAUGUGAAGUUUUACCAGAGCAACAAAGACUUCAUUGAGUCUCUCGGUUUGUCUCAUGAGCAGAACAUGGCAAAAAUGAGGCUGUUGACGUUCAUGGGCAUGGCAGUAGAGAUGAAGGAGAUCUUAUUUGACACCAUGCAGCAGGAGCUGCAGAUCGGUGCUGAAGAUGUGGAGGCCUUCGUCAUUGACGCUGUUCGAACCAAAAUGGUCUAUUGCAAGAUCGACCAGACACAGCGGAAGGUUGUGGUGAGCCACAGCACACACCGCACCUUUGGCAAACAGCAGUGGCAGCAGCUCUUCGACACACUCACCUCCUGGAAACAGAAUCUGUCCACCGUAAAGAGCAGCCUUCAGACGCUCUCUCCCACUGCCUGACACAGCAGGUUCAGUUUUUAUAUACAUCUAAUAAACGACUCAUGAAGACCAUU